AACUGAUUUACAUCCUGGUUAAAAGGUAAAUUUAGCUGUGUCUGUCGAACAGUGCUAACAAAUGCUUGCCAAAACCAGGACUGGGAAGCAGCAGAGAACAUGAACGAAUAAACAUCUUCAGGAAGUAGAAAUAAUUUAUGUUUUAUGGAAAAAAACAACUUAUCACUUACGAAGCAGCAUUGGAAAUUGAAUGUCAUAAUAUCUUUAUUAUUUGGUGGAAGAAUUGAAAAAGCGUAGUAACCCUGUGAGAAUACAAAGCAAUGGAUUCUGCUCCACAACCAAUACAAGCUCAACCUCAACCUCAACCUCAACCUGAUUUUGUGCAGAUGAACAACCUGGCCAGUCAAAAUGUAGGAGCAAAGGUGUUAUUUGCAACAGAUGAUUGGUUUGCAGCCGCGGAAAAUCUUUUAAAAAAAUCGGAUCCGGAAUUCAAACCAGGUCUCUUUACAGAGUUUGGCAAAUGGAUGGAUGGAUGGGAAACAAGAAGAAAAAGAAUUCCAGGUCACGACUGGUGUAUUAUAGAAUUGGGGGUGGCAGGAGUCAUUCAUGGUCUAGAUGUGGACACAUGUUUCUUCACUGGAAACUAUGCCCCUCGCAUCUCUGUCCAAGCUGCAUGCUUAAAGCCAGAAAACAUUACAUUGGGUCCAAGACUAGACAAAACUGGAACAGCAGCCUCGGAUGCAGAGUUAAAAGCUGCUGAAAAGCUUCAUUCUGAGAAAUGGGAUUAUCUUCUCAAAAUGGUGGAGCUUAAACCAGGCUACCAAGAAUCAAGCCACAGCUACUUUCAUGUUACUUCAAGGGAGAGAUGGACUCAUAUCCGGUUAAAUAUCUACCCAGAUGGUGGAAUAGCUCGUUUUAAAGUUUAUGGCAUUGGACAAAGAGAAUGGUCAUCAUGUGGACCUAAUGAUUUAAAAGAUUUGCUGUCAAUGGUCAAUGGUGGUGUCUGUCUUGGUUUCAGUGACGCCCAUUAUGGACACCCCCGGAAUCUCAUAGGGUUGGGAAGAGCAGAAGAUAUGGGUGAUGGCUGGGAGACAGCAAGAAGACUUGAUAGGCCCCCGAUCUUAAAGGCUGACAGUAAAGGAAUUCUCCAAGUACCUGGAAAUGAAUGGGCAAUAUUCAGACUAGGCCAUCCGGGAUUAAUUACACAUAUUGAAAUAGAUACUAAUCACUUCAAAGGUAAUGCCCCAAACUCUUGUAAAAUUGAUGCUUGCAUCCUGUUUCCAAAAGAGGAAGAAGACUGCAUUCGAAAAAAGUGGGGGGUCAAACAAGGGCAUAACUGGAAACCACUUCUUCCUGUUACCAAGAUCCAUCCUCACAAAAGACACUUUUUUGAAGGCACUUACCUAGCACUGCAAGAGGGUAUCUCACACGUGAAGAUUACUAUGACGCCGGAUGGUGGUGUGAGCCGAGUUCGGCUUUGGGGUUUUCCCCGAACUUUUGACAUGUAACUGUUUAUUAAGCAUUCAACAACAGUGAAGUCCUCUAGAUCAUUUAUUCAUUUUUCACAGUCCACAUUUCUAUAAUUUUAUAUAGUGAUACGCUGUCAAUUCUUCUUCUUCCUUAAUACCUUGUGAAAUGCUUCUCUAGAAUUUUUUCAUGCAAGUUUUUCUUCUAUCCAUCAACAUGGGAAAUUACCUGGAUUGGUUUUUAGAGGUCUGUUCAGAGUGGGUAUUCAUAAUCCCAUAUAUUCUACAACUCAUGACUUACCAGAAAGCUAGAUCGCUAACAUAUGAAAUUAACUACUAAAGUAAAAAAAUAGGAACAACGACACCUAUGAUAAUAAUGAUUAUAUUUACAUAAAAUAUUUCAUGCUAACUUUAGCAGUAACAUUCAUUGAUCUUAUUAACACAGAAUGUUCACCAAUUCUAUGGUAUUUAGAGAAAUCUAAUAUGAAAAAAUGAAAACAACAAAUUAAAAUUUUUAUACCAGCUGGCAAAGGACAAAAUAAUUGCUGACAUAAAUGACGGUGGGCUAGAGAUCCAAGGGGCCACAGUAAGUGUUAAAAGCUGAAAUGCAUGACCCUCUCUAACAGUCAAUAGGGGAGCUGUUUGAAAGUCCCCCUAACCUGUAGACUCAUGUACAGCAGGUGAGGGGAUCAAAUAAUAAAU